AUGCCCAAAACUAACGACUUCCUUCGUGUCAGCCACUUCGAUCUCCCACCCUCAGAGAUCGCAAAAGCACUUCCAGUCCGUGAUCUAGUCAAGCCCAAGCUAGGCAAGAAUGGCAAAAAGCUCAAGAACCAAGGCAAAGACCAAAACCAAAGCGCCAACAAAGCACCCACCCACCGCCUCAAGAAUGUCACCGAAGACGACACCCCGAGAGCAUUCCGCCGCCUGAUGCAAUACCAGCAGACAGGGCGACGGGCACCAUCAGGACUAGAGACGGGCGAGCGCCCGAACAAGCGCAAGCGCAAUGCCACAGAAGACGCAACGACGUCAUCGAAGAAGCCCGCGGAAACGCAAAACCCCAAACCCGCUGCCAUGGAGAAGACUGAAAUGCCCAAGAUCAUGCCUGGCGAGAGGCUAGCCGAAUUUGUAGCACGUGUUGACCGCGAAAUGCCAUUGUCGCAGAUGACCAAGUCGGUUAAGACUGGCGAUGCUAAGAACAAGGAGCAGCACAAGCGGACGAAGCAUGAGAAGCAUCUGCUGCGACUGCAGAAGGGGUGGCGUGAGGAGGACGCUAGGAUCCGGGAGAGAGAGCAGGAGGAGCGGGAAGAGCGGGAGGAUGAUAUGGAGGCUGAGUUGCGGCAGUGGAAGGAGUGGGAGAUUGAGGCUGCCGGCGGGAAGAAGAAGGCCGCUUCAAAGAAAAACAAGAAGAAGGGGACGAAUGCCGAUGAUAGUGGAGAUGAUGAUCCCGACCCUUGGGCCAAGCUGAAGAAGCGCGAUGAGGAGCGGAAGAAGAAUCCGUUUGAGGUUGCGAAGGCGCCGCCUCAGUUGGUUAAACCCCGGGAGAUCUUUAAGGUGCGUGGUGGGGCUAAGGUUGAUGUUGCCAAUGUGCCUGCUGCGGUUGGAAGUUUGAGACGUCGUGAGGAGUUGGCUGGUGAGCGGAGGAAUAUCGUCGAGGAAUACCGGAAGCUGAUGGCCGCCAAGCGGCAGUGA